AUAAAAAAAAUUUUAUUAAUCGAAAUAUUCCGAAUCUAACAACAACGCUGGCACUCUUGGCCGCAUCCGUUGACGUCUUUUAGCGUGCUGUUAGCCGAUCGACAAAUAUCCGGGAGUUUCUCAAAAGAAUAUAAAAAAAAAAAAACCAAAAGAGACUAAAAUAUUUUUUGUCGAAUAAAGCGAAUUUCCUAAAUUAUUUUUCGCUUUUUUUAUCGCGUCGCGUACGCGUACGUGGUCGUGAGUGUGUGUGUUGGUGUGCCAGUUAAACAAUAAAAAAUUGAUUUUACACACACCUGGAGAAACAGCAGUAUCUAGACCGGCAUAGAACUAUCUAAAAAGUGUUAAUAAUUAAUAAUAAUUUGUGCAAUCAAAAAGCGAACAAAAAAUACAAAAACGGACUGAUAAUUUUUUGAAAGAUUUUUUUUUUCGUGUAAAAUUGUAAACAAACCAAAGAAGUUUAAAAAAGAGAGCCGGUCGUAAUUUUUUGUCGGUGAACGGAGACAGAGAAAAACGAUAAAGAAAAUGCGAGAACUGCCCGUCUUGGCGCUGCUCCUAUGCAGCUGUUCGCUAAUAGAUCUAAUCACAGCGGAAGAGAAGCCCAUGCUGGAAAUCUAUCCCACACAGGAAGUGCAACGUAAGCCCGUUGGCAAGCCCCUGAUCCUGACCUGUCGUCCUCGAGUACCGGAAGCUGCCUUGGUGGCCGAUUUGCAAUGGAAGGAUAAUCUUAACAACACCAUCUUACCAAAACCGGCCAAUUACGAUCCACUGUAUGAUUCCAAGGGCAAUAGAAAGAAACUAACGGGACGCAACCAGCCGCCAAUGUACACGGAAACGUUGCCCGGCGAAAGUUUGGCCCUGAUGAUUACCUCGCUCUCCGUGGAAAUGGGCGGAAAAUACUACUGCACCGCGUCCUAUGCAAAUACCGAGAUCCUCGAGAAGGCCGUCACAAUUAAAACUUACGUGGCUAUUACCUGGACAAAUGCCCCUGAGAAUCAGUAUCCCACUUUAGGACAGGAAUACGUGGUUAUGUGUGAAGUUAAGGCUGAUCCCAAUCCCACCAUCGACUGGCUACGAAAUGGAGACCCGAUCCGCACUGGAGACAAGUACGUGGUGGAGACCCAUGGCCUGCGCAUCCGCGAUGUCCAGGAGAGUGACGAAGGCAUCUACACCUGCCGGGCGGCCGUUAUCGAAACCGGAGAGCUACUGGAACGCACCAUCCGAGUUGAGGUCUUCAUCCAGCCCAUGAUUGUGUCCCUGCCCGCCGAUCUGGAAGCUGUCGAGGGAAAGCCCUUCGCUGCCAACUGCACGGCCACUGGAAAACCUGUACCGGAGAUCAGCUGGAUUCGUGAUGCCACCCAGCUGAACGUGGCCACCGCUGAUCGCUUCCAGGUGAACCCCCAGACAGGUCUGGUUACCAUCUCGUCGGUUAGCCAGGAGGACUACGGCACCUACACGUGUUUGGCGAAGAACAAGGCCGGAGUGGUCGAUCAGAAGACGAAGCUGAAUGUCUUGGUGCGUCCCCAGAUCUAUGAGCUGUACAAUGUGACCGGAUCUAGGAACAAGGAGAUCGCCAUCACCUGCCGCGCCAAGGGACGUCCCGCUCCGGCCAUUACCUUCCGUCGCUGGGGCACCCAGGAGGAGUACUCGAACGGCAUCCAGGUGGACGAUGCCCGCAUCGUUCUGGAACGCAACUUCGACGAGGAGCGUGGCGAGAGCACCGGUACCCUGCGCAUCUCCAAUGCCGAACGGAGCGACGAUGGCCUGUACCAGUGCAUUGCCCGGAACAAGGGAGCCGAUGCCUACAAGACCGGACACAUCACCGUGGAGUUCGCCCCCGACUUUAGCCAGAUGAAGGACCUGCCGCCAGUGUUCUCGUGGGAGCAGCGCAAGGCAAACCUGAGCUGCUUGGCGAUGGGCAUUCCGAACGCCACCAUCGAAUGGCACUGGAACGGACAGAAGAUCAAGGACCUGUUCGACACCAAUCUAAAGAUCGUCGGCACCGGACCCAGGAGCGAUCUGAUCGUGCAUCCAACGACCCGCAGGUACUACACCUCCUACAAGUGCAUCGCCACCAACAUCCACGGCACCGCCGAGCACGACAUGCAACUGAAGGAGGCCCGUGUGCCGGACUUUGUGGCCGCCGCUUCGCCCCGCCAGCUGACAGCCACCACCAUGACCUUCGACAUCCGCGGCCCGCCCACCGAACUGGGUCUGCCCAUCCUUGCCUACAGCGUCCAGUACAAGGAGUCCCUCAAUCCGGACUGGUCCACCGCCUACAACCGCAGUUGGUCCCCCGACUCGCCGUACAUUGUUGAAGGACUCCGUCCUCAGACCGAAUACAGUUUCCGGUUCGCCGCCCGCAACCAGGUGGGUCUGGGCAACUGGGGCGUCAACCAGCAACAGUCCACGCCGCGUCGCUCGGCACCCGAGGAACCCAAGCCGCUGCACAAUCCCGUCCAGCACGACCGCGAGGAACCGGUGGUAGUGUCGCCCUACUCGGAUCACUUUGAGCUGCGCUGGGGAGUCCCGGCCGACAACGGAGAGCCCAUCGACAAGUAUCAGAUCAAGUACUGUCCGGGCGUUAAGAUCAGUGGCACUUGGACCGAACUGGAGAACAGCUGCAACACCGUCGAGGUGGUGGAGACCACAUCCUUCGAGAUGACACAGCUGAACGGGAAUACCUACUACAGGAUCGAGCUGAAGGCGCACAACGCCAUCGGUUAUUCGUCGCCGGCGUCCAUCAUCAUGAAGACGACACGAGGAAUCGACGUCAUCCAGGUGGCUGAACGACCAGUCCUCUCCUCGGCAGCCAUUGUGGGCAUUGCCCUCGGCGGUGUCCUGCUCCUGCUCUUCGUGGUGGACCUUCUCUGCUGCGUCACCGUUCACAUGGGUGUCAUGGCCACCAUGUGUCGCCGGGCCAAGCGAUCGCCCUCCGAUAUCGACGACGAGGCCAAAUUGGGCAGGGACGAGAAGGAGCCGCUGCGCACGCCCACUGGCAGCAUCAAGCAGAACUCGACCAUAGAGUUCGAUGGCCGAUUCGUGCAUUCGCGCAGUGGCGAAAUAAUAGGCAAGAACUCAGCGGUGUAAACGGGUUUUUGUUAACAAAACCGAAGGCAAGGAUUGCCCAACGGAAGCACAAAACAAAAGUUACGAGAGAUAUAUAUGAAAGGAUAUAGCGAGAAGAAGCCAAAGCCAAAUAACUGGGGGAACGAGAACUGUUGAACUAUCGAUGGGUUAUCGAUAGAUUCGAUUGGCACACUGGAAAGAAUUGGUUUUAUUUACUUUCGUACACACACAGCGUUAAUCUAACUAAAUGUCUUACUAUAAAUACAUACGAUAUCUAAUGCAUCUAACACAUAGAACUCUAAGCCGCGAAAAAAAUAACUCUUCAAUCCAAGAGUCCAAGUCGCUUCAUUUUCUAGUUUGAAUAUUUCUUUCUUUAAAUCGCUGCAUUUGCUUUGUUUCUCCUCAGUCACAAGAAAAAAAACAAAAAAAAACUUCAAAAUCAAAUAAAAACUAAGGAUAAUGAAAAGUAGAAAUGAGAAAAAAAG